AUGCGGAAAUCUCGGGCAUCUCACGUCAAGUGCGAUUGCGGCGAGAAGACGAGCAAAUGUGCACACCUCCAACCAACGGUUGAGGGCCACACCGAAACCUGCUGUUGUAAUCAUGGCGGCCGCUGCUCCUGUGCCCAGAAGAAGGACAUGCCCGCUACUCUCGACACCGUUCCCGAAUCGGAUUCCGAGGGCGAGGCUCACAAGGCCAGCAUGUCCCGAGCCAAACCCGUCCCUCGGCGUCGUCGAGCGAACACAAUACACUCGUCGGACAUGAUGAUGUUUGAUCAGAACGGCCACCACAAACCAACUGCCAAGCACCACCGUGCCUCGCAAAAGGUCGGGCCUUACUCGCUCAACCGGGUCAACUCUGCCAACAGUACAAGCAGCUUAGGUGCUGGCUCCGACAGCAUUGCCGACGUUCGUCGGGCUGGUGGCUCCCAACGCCGUGUCAAGUCAGAAGCAGCUUCUCCCCAGAUGUCGACGUUUGCCCAGAUGAAUGGCACAGUCCCUCCCUUGGACCUUUCCGCCAUCGAGUAUCCUCCUUACAUCCCGAAUAGCUCAUUUGACCUUUUUGGGGCUGGUUUCUCCCCCGAUCAAGAUGGGCCCAUGUACAGCGCAGGACUCAGCGCUGCUUCUGUCGACUGGAGUCAUUAUGACCUCGGCGACACCAAGCGUGACAACUUUGCCCCUUCGAGCUAUAGCCAAGCGGGCACUCAGAGCUUCGGCGCAUUCGAAUUUGGCAGCGGCUCCGAGCAACUACCCAACCUGGUCAACACAACAUCGACCUCAGGCGACGUCUCCGAAGUGGAGGACUUCAUGUCUGGGCCUGAUGGCGGCGACUUCAACAACGCUGGCUAUCUUCGCCACGGUAACAUGAUGGGCAACCAGGCCGAUAUCAGCAGCAUCGACUACGACAGCUUCUAUAAGAACAACGAGCACGGCGCUAUGCCCGGCGCUGGCAUGUCCAUGGUUGAGGAGGAUCCCGCCUUUUGGAUGCCCAACUACCACGAGGGCAUUGACGGGAUUGUCGACGAGAGCCCUGAUCCUCUCGGCCCAAACACCAUGGGCAACUUUUGGGAAUUAUAA